CGAAUAUUCUCACUGCUCGGGUUUUAUGUACAUUGACGAUGUCUGAUUCUGAAGUGAGCUCGGAUGGGGAACUUGAACUAAGCUCGAAUUAUGACUCUGAUCCGUCAAGCUCGAGUUCAGAAGCAAGCUCGAUUUCGGAGAAUGGAAAACCAAAGCCCAAGUCUACCAAGAUUGUAACCACUGGUUCGGUCAUGAGGCUUCUGGACAAGCUCAUCGAGAAAUUCAAAAGCUCAAUGAAUGCUAGAGGCAAAGAUUCAGACAUAGGUCUCCCUCAAGAUGAAGUGGACAGGAAAAACGAUCGACUGAUAGAUCUGGAAGUCGAUUACCUGCCGACGUUCAAACUUGAAUUAGGCUUUCUUCUGGGCUACUUGGGACUACAAAAAGAUCCUACAAAACAUCCAAUGACUUUCUUAGAUUUGACCCACCAAGGCCUAUUAGAUGUGGAGAAGAGUUUGGAUGCCAUCAUCGAAUGCAUCGAGGACGUAGCUUUCAUGCCACCGGCAGCCCAAACGGACGACCAUCACUACCAAGGAUCUAAACAUUUUAGGACUGAUUACCUUAUGCGAAAACUUUGGCGUCUCAUCGAAAACGAUAUACCGGAACUGCUCUCAUAUUAUGAAGACUAUAUCAGUACCUGGAAGUCAUCAAACUCCCGUCCAAGUCAAUACAAUUGUAGCUCGACCCGCCAUUGCGGAGGAGUGAUCGUCAAGAAAACAGACUAUUGCUAUCAAUUCGUCGAUAAAAUUAUCCAUUGGUGCCAGGCAUCCGACUUCGAUAUCCUCCGAGACGAGUGGGUAUUACCCAUACCAAAACUCGACAAACUACUAGAAACCCUCACUGAGAAAGCUCACCAAGAUCCCGCAAACACUCAGGAGGUCGGACGACCGGCUAGGCUGGCUAGACUAACGAUACCGUUCGUCAAGCUAGCACGAACGUUAAUCACUAAGGUCUCAAAUACGAAGAAGAAAGAAUUGCCAUUCAGUUUAGAUGACGAGCUUAACACGAAGACACUACACAAGUUGCAAUACGCACCCGAUUCGAUCACCUCCGAUCUCGAAGAUCUGACCAGGACUGUUUUACAAAGUGUUACUCCAAUUAAUAGUCUGGCUGAAAGUGAAGCUGAGAUCAGGAGAAUCAUCCACGAGAGGGUCUCUAAAAGCGUGGAUAACUUUUUAACAGUCUUGGCCCUCUCUAUCAUCCCUCUAGAUCCUGGCUCCGAUCGUCAUUCGUUAGAAAGUAACUAUCAGGAUUGGUUUUUGACUUGGAAAGAUAUGUGGGAUGACGCCGAGCGUCGAUUUCUCGAUGCUCUUUUCGACCCCGAUCAAGAUGAAGAAGAUGUUGAUGAUGGUCGUGUAUUUGAAUUUAGGUUUGGAGAGUAGAAUCCUCUUAGCUUUUUACCAUCACCAAUCAAUAUAUCUGGCCAUGAAUAAUAGUCUUAGCUACCCCUUUACCUCAGUGACUUGAUUCAUCUGUCUGAAAGAUUACCUAAAAGACUUACUUAUUUACUAUCAUAUAAGGUGUGGAGAUUUUGUCCUACAUUACACAAGUCAACAAGGAAGCACAUUCCGUUUCGUGUGAAAGCAAUAAUUCCAUCACAUGGAAUUAACCGCAACAGCAGUUUGAACUUAUUUGCAUCAAGGGAAUUGUUUCAUUUUUCAAAAAUUUGACAGACAUGAUGCUGAAAACCCAAUGGAAGAUCUUGAAUGUGAACAA